CCUUACCACCUUGGUCGGCAUGGUCCUCUCGCCGAAGCUGAUCGCCUGCGACGCGGUGCUGUUCUCGUCUUUCAUCGGUCUCCUCGCCGUCGUGUCCGCUGCGCCGGUCGAGCCGUCCGAGUUCGUGGCGGAGAUGGCUGCCAAACCAGCCGAAUUUGCGGAGCAGGUCGCGGCGGCUGCCCCCGAGGUGCCUGCAGCCUUCCUGCAGGCCGAGCCACGGGCGACCGAGGACCUGCCAUGCGACAUCCCGACCAUCAUCGGCGACUAUGCCGGCGCAGUCCCGGUCUUUUUCAACUAUGUCUGGAACUGCAAGCAGGAGACCAACGUCUGCAUCUUUCUGGGCAUCCAGGACGCCGCCUCUGUCCUCGACGACUGCACGCGAGACACUGUCGGCCCACUGAUCACGCAAGCCGGCGACGGUCUCUGGGGAGCAUUCGGCUCGCUGUGCGUCUGACCGAGACGCUCUCGUGCGGCACGCCGCGGGACGGGGCCCCGCAUAUGCGGACCCAUAGCAUAUGCUACGGUAGCAUAUGCGCGGCAGCGCCCAUCUCUCUCAGCCGUCGUGUGUACAGUCU